AUGUCGGAUGCCUCCUGCCCCAGCCAGGCGCCCGCUUACCCCUGCGGCUGCUGCGGGGCUGAGUUCCCGCGCCUGUGGGCCCUGCACUCCCACGCCCGCUCGCACCCUGAGGGCCACGGCUACGCCUGUCCAACCUGCGGCAAGGCCUUCGCCCGCUCCUCAGCCCUGCUCCGCCAUGAGGCCGUGCACCGUGGGGAGAAGCCCUUCCUCUGCGCCCAGUGCGGCAAAGGCUUUGCCCAGGCGGCUCAGCUGGAGACCCAUGGGCGAUCGCACACGGGCGACCGCCCCUUCGCCUGCCCGACCUGCGCCAAGGCCUUCAUGUCCUCCUCCCACCUAGCGCAGCACCGGCGCACCCACUGGGCUGAGCGCAAGCACGCCUGCCCGCUGUGCGGCAAGACCUUCCUGCGCCCAUGGGACGUGGCCCAGCACCGGCGCUUCCACACGGGCGAGCGGCCCUUCCGCUGCGAGCGCUGCAGGCGCGGCUUCUUCCGCUCCUCCGACCUGCUGCGGCACCAGCGGGUGCACACGGGCGAGCGGCCCUUCCGCUGCGAGUGCUGCGGCAAGAGCUUCGCCCGCUCCUCUGUGCUGGCCAAGCACGCCCGCAGCUACACCGGCAAGCGGCCCCACCGCUGCCAGGCCUGCCCCAAGGCCUACGGCACUGCCUCCCAGCUCACGGAGCACCAGCGGGUGCACACGGGCGAGCGGCCCUUCCUCUGCUCCGUCUGCGGCAAGACCUUCGCCUACUCCCUCCUGCUGCGCCGUCACCUGAAGCUCCACACCGGGGAGCGGCCCCACCCCUGCCCUGAGUGCCCCAAAGCCUUCAAGACCUCGGAGCACCUGCAGAAGCACCGGCUGAUUCACACCCGGGACAGCGCUGCUGGCGAGAGGAGGCAGCAGCCGAAAAGGGAGGCGGGGCUGGAGGCGGAGUGA